AUGGAAUCCCUACAGGGCAAACAAGAUCUGACCCUGAAAAAUUAUGAUACAAAAACUCAAUCGCAAAUAAAUUACAAUAUAAACACGUCUAAUUAUCCAGAAAAUAAUCACAAUCUAUUUCAAAUGAUUAAAUGUCAUGAAGACAGCCUACUAAGACUACAUCACUUAACAGCUGGACGUCAAAUUAACAGCACGUACGACACCAGCUAUCAGAACGAUCUAUCUUGGUACCCAAAAGAUUUCCAAAGACAAUACAUAAAGCCAGUUGAUUACUUGGCGUAUGAAGAUAUGAGACGCAAAAUUGAUGAAUCUAAAGGUGUGAAAGAGAGAGAUGUUCGCAAAGAGUCUGAGGAGGAAAAGGAUGGAAAAAUCGAUGAAAGGAAAAAACCGAGAAGGAAUAGAACAACAUUUACAAGUCAACAACUGGCUGCUUUGGAAAAAGUUUUCGAAAAAACUCAUUAUCCAGAUGCAUUUGUUCGAGAAGAUUUAGCAACGAGAGUGAACUUAACCGAAGCAAGAGUACAGGUUUGGUUCCAGAACAGGCGAGCUAAAUUUAGACGAAAUGAGAGAUCAGCCCUGUCGUCUCACAGAACGCCAACCAAUCAGAGUUCUCCAGAACCUAUACCAGUACCUAUAGGUAUCCCACAGCCUGAUCCUCGCCAGGAAUUCAAUCGUAAUCCAAAAGAACCUUGGAUACAUCACUUUCAAGCUAAUAACCUUAACUUUAACCUCGGAAUUCCCAUAAGUAAUUCAGGGCUAUACCAAAAUGAUUACAGUUUUAUGAUGCAGAAUGUAGGUAACAGGCAAUAUUCGAACUCAAAUACACUAAUUGGACAAAAUAUGCCGAGUUACGGAAGUACAUCAGACAACAGUUAUGGGUCCUGUGCCUUAAUUGGUGGUUAUAAUGGCACACUUCAGCCCGCACACCAUAGUUCGUACAAUUUGAAUUUAAGACUUCGUCCCCAUGAUUUUAGUAUAAAUAAUAUAACACUGUAA